AUGGCGGGAAAAAGAUGGAAAUAUGACGAAUUAGAAAAAAUGAAUUAUGAUGAUGUUCUGAGCACUUUUUUUGAGGAAAUACCAUCUGGUGAAGAGUCAGAGGAUAUCAGUGAUGAAGAAGAAAAUGUUAUGGACACUGCUGCACCAACUGCUGUUGAUUUGGAUUUUGUAUGGGAUGAUGAAAUCGACGAUCACGAAAAAAAAACCGGUGGUGGACCCCCGACAAAAAUCAAACUCAACGAGCAGAGAGAGACACUGAUGAAUAUUGUGGGUUGGACUGCAGUAGUGGGCAACGAAAAUGUUCCCGAGUGUGGCUUGACCAAAACUCCACUUGUACUUGAACUUUCUGCACCAAGCACAUCUUUGUUUUCACAGGCUGAGGUUAGACCUUUGAAAACACCUAUUGUACAAGAGCUGCAGUUUUCAGAAGACAAUUUACAUGCAGUAGAACAAAAUGUCCAAUCACAAGAACAUGUUCAACAUGUAGGUAGAAUGUUCGUCAACCCAGAGUCAGCUCCAAAGUCAGAUCCCUAUCAGACCGACGAGGACUCCGAUUAUGUUCCAGACGAAAAUAAUCCAAAGCAAAGAGGUGGGGACUCUUCCUCAGAUAAUGAGAGCCACGAAGAUGAACAAGAUAGAGACUCGGUCAGAAUUGAAUUUUUACACGUUACUCCUUCAAAAACAAGAAUGCGAAAGCGAAUUCUGGAGGCCAGGAAAGACAACAUUGCCAAGAAAUUGCGCGUCGAAGGUAAAGAGUAUGUAGGCCGUAAGGGUGAUUUAUCUAUAAGUAAGAUGUACAAAAUGUACAAAAAAUUUUGUAAUCAACGACACGAGGAACCUGUUAAGGAAUCACAUUACAGGUAUGUCUUCAACACAGAGUUCAAUCUGAAGUUUCAUAAGCCGUAUAGCGACACAUGUAUCCGUUGUGACAGUUUCCAGAACCUCAUUAAACAUUCCAGAGAUGAAGAAGCUGUGAAGAAUACCAAGCGUGAUUUAGAACUACAUCAGAGAAAAGCCAAGAAAGCGAAUGACGCUAAAAAAUCUGAUAUAGAAGCAAGUAAAAAUUCCAAAGAUACUGUCGUUGUUUGUUUCGAUUUACAGCAAACAUUGCCAAGACCACUAUUAACUACUUCAAAAGUAUUCUACCUUUGA